AUGCCAAUGCAGGUGACGAAAAUUGUUUCAAAACAUCGACCAAGGUAUAGACAAGCACGCAUUGUCUUUCCAUUGCUUCUUCCAGUGUUAUUUGGUAUCGCAUCACUACAUCCAAUUGCUACUGUGCUUACUCUUCUUUUAUGUUUGGUCGUAUGUUUCAAUGUCGUUAUUGUAGUCGCUCCACCCACAUGUCCCUUAGAAGAUACAUUCCUUUUCUACAAAUUGUCUGAUAGCUAUGACGGGUUUCUAAGUGAUACUAAUGUGAUUUACAAAUGUUCAGUUACUACUCUUUUGUUAUGGUAUUUCACAAUGCUUAUACCUGUAAAUUUGGAGAAUAAACUACUCUAUAGAGAAAUAAUAAUGUACAAUAUUCUCGUUGUGGUUUGCGUACAUCUUGUACAAAUUAUACGAAAUAUACAUGCACGCAGUCUUAAUCAUACAAUCCUGUCAAAUUCCCGAUAUCUUGGAAAUAAACCAGAGAAAAAUGGAAGUAAGCUCACUGUAUUUGGGUUAUGGAAACACACUGUAUGUAUAUUCCGUGAUACUAAUAAACAAAAUUUCGAAGGAGAUUGGUAUUUUUCGUGGAUGAAUAUAUUUGUCAGCAAGUCUAAUCGUGCUUGGUCCAUCGUUUUACUGACUGUUUGUGUUACGCUCACUUUCUACUCUACUAAUUUAGCCCUCACAUCUGUGUGCACACCAAAAAUAUACUUCGAUUGGUUUUUACUUCCACAUGAUUGCACCUUCAUUUAUGAUGUUUAUAGCAGAGCCUGGGUAUUUGUAACAGGAUUAUUUUGGUUAAUGACAUCUGUUAUACCUAUAAGUUUUCUUUUCCAUGAACUUGCUGUCUAUAUACGGCGCCGUUCAAAAAACUGGUAG